UUCGUCUCUUCUUCUCCAGCUUCACUCUCUCUCUCUCUCUCUCUACAGCCAUGGGUCGAAACCCUACUUUGAUCACUCUCUCUCUUCUCUCUCUCCUCUCGAUCGCCACUGCUGCAGUGUUCUUUGAAGAACGAUUCGAAGAUGGAUGGGAGAAUCGUUGGGUGAAAUCUGAAUGGAAGAAGGAUGAAGGAGUUGCUGGAGAAUGGAACUUUACAUCUGGAAAAUGGAACGGUGAUGCUAAUGAUAAAGGUAUUCAAACCAGUGAAGAUUACAGGUUCUAUGCUAUAUCAGCUAAGUUUCCUGAAUUUAGCAACAAGGACAAGGUUUUAGUUUUCCAAUUCUCAGUUAAGCAUGAACAAAAGCUUGACUGUGGUGGUGGAUACAUGAAAUUGCUUAGUGGUGAUGUUGAUCAGAAGAAAUUUGGUGGUGAAACCCCAUAUAGUAUUAUGUUUGGUCCUGAUAUUUGCGGUUAUACAACCAAGAAAGUUCAUGCUAUUCUAACAUACAAUGAUACUAAUCAUUUGAUCAAGAAGGAUGUUCCAUGUGAGACUGAUCAGCUUACUCAUGUUUACACAUUUAUCCUCCGCCCUGAUGUUACUUACAGCAUCUUGGUUGAUAAUGUGGAGAAACAAUCUGGUAGCUUACAUGCUGAUUGGGAUCUUUUGCCCCCUAGGCAAAUCAAGGACCCAAACUCAAAGAAACCUGAGGACUGGGAUGACAAUGAGUUCAUUGCUGACCCUGAAGACAAGAAACCAGAGGGAUAUGAUGAUAUUCCCAAGGAGGUCGUUGACCCUGAAGCCAAGAAGCCUGAAGAUUGGGAUGAGGAAGAAGAUGGUGAGUGGACAGUCCCCACCAUUCCUAACCCUGACUACACUGGUCCAUGGGAGGCAAAGCAAAUCAAGAACCCUAACUACAAGGGCAAGUGGAAGACACCAAAGAUUGACAACCCAGACUUUAAGGAGGAUCCUGAUUUGUAUGUUUAUCCUAAGUUGAGCCAUGUUGGAAUUGAGUUGUGGCAGGUGAAAUCUGGAACUCUAUUCGACAACGUUUUGAUUACCGACGAACCUGAAUAUGCAAAGAAAGUGGCUGAAGAAACAUGGGGAAAACAAAAAGAUGCUGAGAAGGCUGCAUUUGAUGAACUUGAGAAGAAGAGGGAAGAGGAGGAAUCAAAGAAUCCCCCAGCUGAUUCUGAUGCCGAAGGAGAAGAUGGUGACAGUGAUAGUGAGGAAGCCAAAAUUGAUGCUGAUAUUAACAAAGAUGUUGAAAGUGAAGAUGAAGGUGAUGCUGCUGCUUCACAUCAUCAUGAUGAACUAUAAACUGGAGAAACAAAUACCAUGUUUGUUUUUAUUUAGCUUUUAUUGAGUAGCCAAAGAUGGGGGGCCAUAUUAUUAGACCAUAGUUUUUUUUUUUUCAUUUAUGAAUGACUAUUAUUACUCUUUUUAAUUUUUGUUCUUGGUGAAGAAUUUUGUCUCCAGAAUUGACAUUAUGAAUCUUAGAAAAGGCAGGCAAUACAUGGUCAUUGAUUGAGAUCUUACAUUAUGGUGUUAUUAUUUGAAAAUUAAUAUCUUCAAUUGGAU